AUGGCCUCCCUGCCGACUGCGGUGCGGUCGACGGCGCCCAAGAUUGCUCGGAGCGCACUGCAGCGCCGGGCCAUUUCCGACGUGCACAUUACGCGCACCGGCAAACCGAUUAUCCGCAUUCAGGGUGGCCGCUCCUCCCUCGGCGAGCACACUGCUACCGUCUUCGGCGCGACAGGCCAGUUGGGUCGCUACAUCGUCAACAGACUAGCAAGGCAGGGAUGCACCGUCGUCGUCCCGUUCCGAGAGGAGAUGGCCAAGCGCCAUCUCAAGCUCACCGGUGACCUAGGCCGCGUCGUGUUCAUUGAAUACGACCUGCGGAAUACCCAGUCAAUCGAAGAGAGCGUCAGGCAUUCGGACGUCGUGUACAACUUGGUCGGCCGAAACUAUCCUACGAAGAACUUCUCUCUCGAAGACGUACAUGUUGAAGGUGCCCAGCGGAUUGCCGAGGCCGUUGCCAAGUAUGAUGUUGACCGCUUCAUCCACGUCUCAUCAUACAAUGCGGACCCCUCGUCCACUUCCGAGUUCUUCGCUACCAAGGGCGUCGCGGAGCGCGUGGUUCGGGAAAUUUUCCCCGAGACGACCAUCGUCAGACCUGCUCCGAUGUUUGGCUUCGAGGACAAGUUAUUGCUCAAGCUUGCCAGCGUCGUGAAUCUCUUCACUUCCAACAACAUGCAGGAGCGAUACUGGCCGGUGCAUGUCAUCGAUGUCGGCGAGGCGCUAGAAAAGAUGCUCUUCGACGACAGCACGGCUUCGCAGACGUUUGAACUCUACGGGCCCAAGAACUACUCGACAGCCGAGAUUGCCGAGAUGGUGGACCGGGAAAUCUUCAAGAAGCGCAGGCACAUCAACGUGCCAAAGAGCAUCCUCAAGCCCGUAGCCGGCCUAUUAAACCGCGUCUUGUGGUGGGACAUUAUGUCCGCCGACGAGGUCGAGCGCGAGUUCCACGACCAGGUCAUUGACGAAACCGCAAAGACCUUCAAGGACCUUGACAUUGAGCCCACCGAUAUUAGCAAGUGGACUUAUCACUACCUGCAAGGAUUCCGUUCGUCAACAUUCUACGAUCUGCCACCUGCGACGGAGAAGGAGAAAAGGGAAGAGAGGAAAUACAUUCACGUUACAGACGAAUUGUAG